GAUCAUUUUCAAUUCAUCAAACUCAGUGUGAAAAGCUCUGUUCAUUGUCAGUUCACAAACAAGAAAAAUGGACUCUCCAAACAUUCCCACUAUGCAUUAAUUUGUCACUGUAAUACUGUAUGAAUGUAUCCACAUUUUUCACACUGGUUCUCAUUUCCUAUAAAUUCCCAUCAAUUUCCCAACUCAUUAUUCAAAUCAUCUCUGCUUUCUGAAUCUAAAUCACUUAAAUAAGAGAAAGAGAUCAACAAUGGCGGGUGUUGAGGUGAGCAACAAGCAAGUGAUACUUAAAAAUCAUGUUGUUGGUUUUCCUAAAGAAUCAGAUAUGGAGGUUAAAACUUCCAUGAUUACUCUCAAGGUUCCAGAAGAUUGUGAGGGUUUUCUUCUUAAGAAUCUGUAUUUGUCUUGUGAUCCUUACAUGAGGAGUCGUAUGACCAAGCAUGAGCGUCCUACUUAUGUUGAAUCUUUUAUUCCUGGAUCGCCGAUCUCUGGAUAUGGAGUGGGUAGAGUUGUGGAUUCCCGUCAUCCAAACUUCAAGACCGGUGACCUUGUAUGGGGAAUGACUGGAUGGGAAGAAUAUAGUCUUAUUACAUCUGCGCUGUCAUUCUUUAAAAUAGAGCAUACAGAUGUGACUCUAUCAUACUAUACUGGGAUUCUUGGUAUGCCUGGCUUGACAGCCUAUGCUGGCUUUUUUGAGGUUGCAUCUCCUAAGAAAGGAGAGCGUGUCUACAUCUCUGCGGCAUCUGGUGCUGUUGGUCAGCUAGUUGGACAACUUGCGAAAUUGAGUGGUUGUUACGUUGUAGGAAGUGCUGGUAGCAAAGAGAAGGUUGAUCUAUUAAAAAGCAAAUUUGGAUUUGAUGAUGCCUUCAACUACAAAGAAGAGGAAGAUUUGGAUGCGGCCUUGAGAAAGUAUUUUCCAGAAGGCAUUGACAUUUAUUUUGAGAAUGUUGGUGGAAAAAUGCUUGAUGCUGUGUUGAUGAACAUGAGACUCCAUGGCCGAAUUCCUGUGUGUGGAAUGAUUUCACAGUACAAUCUCCUACAGCCUGAGGGUGUGCACAAUUUGUUCAAUCUAAUCACAAAGCGCCUACGCAUGGAAGGAUUUUUGGUUUUUGACUACUAUCAUCUUUACCCAAAAUACUUGGAAAUGAUCAUACCUCACAUCAAAGAGGGCAAGGUCUCGUAUGUUGAAGAUGUUGCUGAAGGUUUAGAAACUGCUCCUUCUGCGUUAAUAGGCCUUUUCACUGGCCGUAAUGUAGGCAAGCAAGUUGUUGUAGUUGCCCGCGAAUGAGCUCUAUGGAACAAACAACUUAUUUUAUUGAUUAAUAUUGUGAGCAUUGAAAUCAGAUGCUGAGAGAGUAGCAUUGUUUGCUUUUCAUUUUUCAACUGAAAAACAAUUGUUGUGUUUGUGUAUCGACCAUGUUCACUUUUGUAUUAUAAUAAAGAUGAUUUGGAUUUCA